UGUAGUACAAUUGUGCACUUGUCAAAAUAUACUGAAAAAAAAAAUAUUAUUUAUGCUUUUGUUGAAAAAGACUCAGUCUUCUAUAAUGGAAGUCGAACCAAUGGAUAAUUUGUACCUUGCAUUAACACAAUGCUUUGCUAUUAUAUUAUGCGGGUACAUUGCAGGAAGGUUUGAUGUUAUUACUAAACCAGAGGCAAAUGGCCUGAACACUUUUGUAGGAACAUUUGCUCUGCCUUCCUUAAUUUUUACAUCAUUAGCAAAGCUUGACUUUACAUUAGUAAACUGGAAAUUCCUUCUUGCUGUGCUAUUAGCUAAAAGUUGUGUAUUUUUUGUUGUACUUAGUGUGUCUCUAGUUAUUAAAAGACCAUCAAAUCCAGGUUGUGCUGCGCUCUUUGCAAUAUUUACUACACAGAGUAAUGACUUUGCUAUUGGAUAUCCUAUGAUUGAUGCACUAUAUGGAAAAACACAUCCUGAGUAUGCUGCUUAUUUGUACUUGAUGGCACCUAUAUCAUUAGCUAUUUUAAACCCAAUUGGUUUUGUAUUAUUAGAAAUUGGCAAACGUUAUGGUGAAGAUCACAGAAAUUACAAAGACAUGGUUUGUUCUAUCAUAAAAGGAAUUGCAUUAAACCCAGUUCUUCUUAUGACUGUGCUUGGUAUCCUGGGAAACCUUACUUUCCAUCAUAUAGUACCACCUGUUCUUGCAACUGUGCUUGAUGUAUUUGGCAAUGCUUUCUCAGCCAGUGCUCUUUUCUUACUGGGACUAAUGAUGGUGGGAAAGAUACACAAAUUGAAGGGUUUUGCUCUUGUCAUACCAGGUAUAUUAAUAUCGGUAAAAUUGCUGGUUCUUCCCUUGGUUAUAAGAGAAUCUAUUAUUCUGUUAAAUGCUGGAGAAAAUAGUACAGAUACCGAAGAUUUAAGUACAUAUGGAUUUCUAUAUGGAACCAUUCCAACAGCACCAGCUUUGUUCAUUUUUACACUUCGAUAUAAUCUCGAAAUUGAUCUGAUUGCAUCAGCAAUGGUUGCCUGUACAUUUUUAUCUGCUCCACUUAUGUUUGUAUCGGCAAAAUUAAUUAAUGCUGUUUCUACCGGAAUUACCCCAGCAAACUAUGCGCAUCAACUGAAUAUAUUCUCCUUUGAUGUGAGCAUUGCUUCAGUAACAGUUUGCAUAUGGUUAAUAAUUUGUUUUAUUGGAUUAGGAAGAAAAAAAUAUAAAUGUGUUACACAUAAAUGCACAUUAUGUAUCGUAAUCGCACAGCUAACUGCAGUUAUAGGUGUUAUAAUAUGGACUAAACUUGAAUCUCAUAAUAGCAGUUCUGUUUUAUGGUAUGUUCAAUUUAUCUUAAUUACUGUCGGAGUAUAUGCUAGUCGUAUGUGGACAAUGGCAAUAGCGGCAACUUUAUUAUAUAUAAGUUCCCGUUCCUUGGAUUUUGUUCACAACAUGCAGAAAUGGUUCUAUCCAGUCGGGUGGGGGGUUCCACUUUUGAUAGCAAUUGUGAUGUGCAGCACAAUAUCUCCGAAGGAAACUAUGCCCGACUUUAGGAAUCCAAACUUUCAACUUGGAGUAAUUCAAGCUGCAACUUCUACUGUUUUAUUAAUAUUUUGUUUUAUUGUAACAAUGGGAUGUUUGGUUUUACAACAAAGGUACCAACGUCGAAAUAUUUCUGCAUCUUACGCUAAUUUAACAGAUAACACCGAAAGUCCUAAUAACGACGAUGCUGAAAGACGUGUGGUAGAUGUUGAAGAUCUCGUUUCUUCUCGUACGCCAUUUGUCGGCUGUGAAUAUGUAGAUGGUUGUCCGAAUGGUGUAUGUAGAAGUAGCAAUAACGAAAUUGACGAUUAUGACGUAUAUUUAAAUGCUGACAAUGAAAAUAACGAUCCUCAGUCUCUGCGACAUCUUGUAUUUGUCAUUUUACUUCUAUGUUCCAUGUUUAUUGGCUUAUCCAUAUCAAUUGCAACGCUAAUAAUGGAAAAAAUGACUGGAGUUUACGCGGAAUUGGCAUUCUUGGACAUUGCACUAAACUUUGGCCAAUCGUUAAUCGCAUUUGCUAUUUUUGGAUUAGACGCUGGCCUUGGAAAGUUAGGAUGCUGGCUGCGAAAAAUGUGCCGCAAAUGGCGUGCUGGAAAAGAAUUGCAGCUUCCGCAUGAGGAUGCAUUAAGCCCAGAAGUGAAAGCAAUUAGGGAUCAAUUUAAUCGUUGCCACUUAGCUGAAUGUCGAGCUCGUAUAGCUAUAUGUCGUAGGCGCUUAUUAAAGCUGUACAAAGGUGUUUUCACUGGGACUGAUUUAGUUAAUUGGUUGCUUGAAGUUGGUAUAGCACAAAAUAGAGAAGAAGCUGUUGAAUACGGUCGUAGCUUAUUAGAAAGCAGGGUAUUACAACAUAUCGAUGGUACUCAACAUUUUUACGAUCAAAGUCUACUUUAUACUUUUACCGCUUAAGUUUCGAUCAAGUUCUA